AUAUGCACAUAUUUGACCGGUCGUACUAUGUUUCGUUGGUCAUGAAAUAGUUUUUUGAGAGUUCAGCAAGGAAACGAAAUAGUUAUUGUGCUGUGUAUUACUAGUAUUAAGUCAAAAGAAUAUUAUUAGUUACAUAAAUUAUGUACAUAUAUUGUUAUCCUUACUCGUUAUUUUUCAUAUAAUAAAACCUCUCAAUUUGUAUAAAUCGAAUGUGAGUUUAGAAGCUGUAAAUAAACUUUUAUAAAUUUUUUAAUUACAAUGGAGAAAUUGAAUGAAUACGAGGGUUUUUCUGGUCGGCUACAUCACUGGCGUGAAUCUUUUAAAGAACUAAUUUUAACACAAAGGGAAAGGGAUUCGACAAACAUUUUUGAAUUUUUUAAGAAUGCUGCGACUAAAAAUUUAAGUGGAAAUAUUAGCGCUACUCAAGAUUUUUCACACAUAUACAGACAUAAAACUCGCAUGGAGUUCGUAAGGAUUUCUGCAGCUGUUAUGGGCAUUGAGUUCUCGUAUGCCGCUGAAACUGCCUUCGUUUCACCAACUUUGCUAAAAAUUGGUAUAGACCAUCAACUUAUGACUUUAGUAUGGGCUUUAUCACCAUUGAUAGGGUUCAUUGCGUGCCCUUUCUUAGGCUCGAUGAGCGAUCGCUGUAAUCUAAAUUUGGGACGAAGAAGACCUUUUAUAAUUUUGCUGUCAAUAGGAGUUAUUUUUGGACUUCUUUUAAUACCUAAUGGGGAACAAUUGGGAUACUGGUUUGGUGAUGAUUACCAAGAAUUGCACUCUUCAAUAAUUAAUGUAACAAAUACAAGUUUAAAUAUGGUAUCACAUCGUGUGACUGCUUCACAAAAUGAAAUACAUUCCGUACCACAGAAUAAACAUCCUUGGGGAAUCUUUUUCACUGUUUUGGGUACAGUCUUAUUAGACUUCGACGCGGAUGCGUGCCAAAGCCCAGCUAGAGCAUAUUUGUUGGACAUAUGCCUUCCAGAGGAUCAUGUUAAAGGGCUUUCUACUUUUACAAUAAUGGCGGGCUUAGGCGGAUUUAUGGGGUACUCAAUGGGAGCCGUCGACUGGGAUACAACAAUAAUUGGUCAAAAAUUAGGUGGCCAUAUAAAAACAGUAUUCACAUUAGUUACUUUCAUAUUCAUUUUUUGCGUAACACUAACAAUUACAAGCUUUAAAGAAAUUCCAUUAUGGGUUAUAGCGAAUUAUGCAAAUGACAAACAUCAAAGAGUAAACACCUCUAAUGAUGACAUGGAAGCCGUAAAUCAGUUAACAUUUAACGAUGAGGAGGUAAAUGAUGGCCGAAAGUGUUCAAAUGGAUCGAUUACAUUUAAAGAAAAGGAAGAAACCGUGAUUAACGAAACAAAUAUUACACAAGAUAGCUUGGCGUCAUCGAAAUUGAAUAUUAAUAACACAAAUAAUAUUCAGACCGUUGAAAAUUUAUCACACUACUUGUACACUAUUAUAUAUAUGCCACAUUCUUUGCGAAUGAUUUGCUUGACAAACUUGUUCUGCUGGAUGGCUCAUGUCUGCUACUCUUUAUAUUUUACGGAUUUUGUUGGUGAAGCAGUAUAUAUGGGCGACCCAAAGGGUCUUGAAGGCAGCAACUCACAAAUAAAAUACGAAGCAGGAGUACGCUUUGGUUGCUGGGGAAUGGCUAUGUAUUCCUUAUCAUGCGCUUGCUAUUCGUUAGUGAUUGAAAGGUUAAUUAAAAAAUUAAGCGCUAAAGUGGUUUACGUUGGCGGACUGUUUUUCUAUAGCAUGGGAAUGGCAUUGAUGGCUUUAACGCGAGCUAAAUUGAGUGUGAUUGUAUUUAGUUGGACAGCAGGAGUAAUGUAUUCCACAUUAUUUACUAUGCCUUACCUACUAGUGGCACACUACCACUCUAUGGGAACAUUUGAACUUGAUGGAACUGGUACACCACAUUUAAGCUCCAACACUCGUGGGUUGGGUACAGAUAUUGCCGUUGUCAGCAGCAUGGUAUUUCUGGCGCAAUUCAUUCUCUCCAUUUGCAUGGGUACUAUAGUACGGAUAUCUGGAACAACGACUGCCGUAGUCGGCAUGGCCAGUUUUUUAAGCUUUUGUGGAGCAAUAGCUGCCACUAAAAUUAUGUAUCUGGAUUUAUAAAGGCUAUAACUCCAAGCACCAAUUUCCUAUUCUGCACGUAUCUUCAAUAUAAGAAAAAUUGUUCAUUAUAAGUCAGUGAAUAAAUAAUGGCAUUUUAAAUUA